AUGGAUAAAAUGAGUAAAUCAUUUGAAGUUUUAAAAUUAAUUUCAACAAGAGCAUCUGAAACAUUAAUAAUUAGAAGUAACAAUGAAAAUCAUUUAAAAUUAGUUACAGCUGUUAUGGAAACAUUAUUUACAACAUGUGUUAAAAAUGAUUAUGAUAUACGAUUAGCUACCAAAGAAAACCUCAAUAAACUUGUUAAAGUAUUAAAGAAAGAAAUCCUUUUUUUUGUAUAA